AUAUGUGCGCGCGAAAUUUCUCAUCGAGUCGUUCUUGCGCGACGCGACGUCCAUCCAAGAUAGCUCAGUGGAGAGCUGCCAAAAACAUCCGCAGGAGGGGAUGGAUACCUAAAUAAGCUGCCCUGAACUUUAAGAAAAUACGCUUCUGCUGCAAAGAUUGUCUAGGUAAGGCAUUCAAAUUAUAAGAUAAUGCCAACUUUGGUCGCUUAAAUACGCCAAGUCAGCUACUUAAGCUAACGGUACUAUACCCUGGCUAGCCUGACAUCAUAGCAACAUAAGCAAAUAUUAGCAAGAACCCACACCUCUUGUUUGUUACAAAUCUGCUCCAAAUAACUUUUUUCUUCAAGUUUGAAAGUGUAACUUCAAAGGCUGUAGCUGGUGGUCAGCAUUUUUGUGUUGAACAACUGUGAUCGAAGUGUGAAAGUUUGGACCUCUAAAAUCAGCCGAGUUAAAAGCUGUAUCACAGAUCCAGUUCUCAGGGGUCUUCCUGUUAUAAAGUUUUCUUAUUGAAAUGAUCAAACAGGGUAUUAGUUUACUGUAUAUUAUUAUUGUCAGGACCAUUUUGGCUCUGACUUGAUCAGACCUGGACCUCUAAAUGUGUGUUGUUGUAUCUUGCACCAAGACGUUAGCGGCUGAUCAUUGAAGUUGGAAAGGUGAAGCCUCCAUGAAUUGGACUUGGAUGAUCCAGAUCCUUCUAUAGAUUCUCAAGUGUAUUUGGAUCUUGCCGUGCCCUUGAGGCCAGCUUCCUUAGUUUCUCCAUGCUCCAGUUCUGAUGCACUGUAGAUGUUUUCAGUGGUGGUCAGGUGUAAGUAUGGCUGGGCGAGAUCUGGAAAAGUUUAUUAUCAUAUAUUUUUUUCACAUCAGUCAAUAUCGAUAAAUAUCAUGAUAGUAAAAAUGAAAUUUAACAGUGCUUAUUGGUAGCAUGUCUUUUGCAAUACAAUAAGCUACUGCAUCUGUGAGGUCUUUGUGUCUUUUUGACGUUUUGUCGUUAGGCGUUGCGCUAGAGAAAGCUAUUAUAAAUGGCAUUUAAUCAACAUCUGUUAAUGAUGUUUCUCUUUAAUGAUAUUGUCUUUUAUUCCUUGAUCCUAUUCAGAAGUUUACUAUUAAUUUAAAGAAGACACAAGAACAUAAACAAGUCAGUGUGAAUGCACGGACUGGUUGAGCUUCCCUCUUUUCAAGCAGUGUUUUGCAGUAUUAAAUCAGUCUGUGGUGCAUUUGUGUCUUCAUUUUGCUUAAACCAAAAUGGCUUGGCUGCUACAUUUCUUAUUAAGGAUGGGCGAACAAAAAAUGUCAUUCAGUGGUAGAUAUAGCCACAGACCCUUCUUGUCCUCAUUUGAAGAGUGAAAGUCUCAUUCCCACAGAAUUAUCCGGCUGUACUGAACAGACUGCAGAGCUUGAUUUUCCUUCUUUCAAACUGUUCAAUUAAAGUUUUAGUCACCUUUAAACCCCUUCUGUUGGAUGUAAAUAUAAGAGAUAACAGUGACUUCUCCACAGCUACUUUAUUUUGACUUUCUGGCAACGAAUAGUUGGUGUCUUUUAGCUUUUGUGUUUUGUUUAAUUUCUUGAUACGCUGCUGUCUCCCCACAGGAACAGGACAAACAGAGACAUCUUCUCCCUCAGCAUUUUUCACUUUCACCACAGACAUCCCCCGGGUGUGUUUUCAGGAUUUCAUAUGUAACUCUCUCAAAAGGAUCCAUGUCUUUUCUUGUAAGUAUUUUCCAAGUAUCUCCCUACUUCUCCUUUAUGUUUGUCUUUGCUGCAGGAAAGCUUUAAUCCUAUCUUUGACAGCUUUUAUUGCAAGUAUUCAGAUACUAUUGUUACUGUUACUCAGUACUGUAUGAUUAUUUUAUAAGGUUGUUAGACAGACUUGUUUUCUAACACCUUUUUCAACAUUUAACAAGCUUUUUAACCAUCUUAUUUGACUGUUUUGAAUAUAAGCUGAAGGAACAUUUCCUUAUCUUUGCUUGCUUUUCUCUCUUUUCUCCCCGUCUGUCAUUAACCCUGUGUGUCUGUCAGCGUUGGGUAACUGAGAAAUUGAGUGUGGAGAGUCUGCGGGAUUUGGAGUUAUUUGGAGGUGAGGCUCAAGGCAUCUGAAAUACAACACUUCCAGUUCACUGCUUACACAUGUUACACAGUAGGCCCUUCAUCCAAACAUUUUCUUCCAGCUGAGGUUUUGCUCUGAGUUGCUGCUUUGCUAAGCUUCUCAGACACCAUCUUUGAAUUCAAUUGAUCAAAGGUUUCUAAUCAGUCUGUCAUUUGUUUACUGUCUCAUUUCUUCAACUUCUCAGAGGAUGGCACCAUACAUUUGAAUUAGGUCUUGUAUCAGCUCGAUACUGAAGAGAAUGCGUUUAUCCUGUGUGUAAAAAUGUUGCACACUUCAUUUUGGUUCCUUCAAUAUUUUUUUAAAUUUGCCUUUGUACCUGAAUUUGACUCUAUUCUUCUUGUGAUUGCGGUUGCUUGUGCAUUUGGCCUUAUUUGCUCAUUGAAUAUUAAGCUUUGCCACUGAAUAUAGAGAUGCAGCCGAGUGUCAAACUUAUUUUGGCGCUGAGCUCUACUAAAGCAGUUAGCUUUUGGCCAGUGUUUGUUUAUUUUAAAUCCUUAUUUUUCAUUUGAACCAUGACACUUUCUGGAAGUGCAAAGAGGCCAGAACAAGAUUUUUCUCAGGGUUCAGAGCCUUUAUUCAUCUGACAAACACACCAUGCUUUGUUUCAAUAUGUUAUCGGCGUUAUCAGCUUAUUUAUUUAUUUAUAAGACUGAAAGAACAUCUGUAGUGUUACUUGCAUUAUCUAUUGAUUGAUUGCCAGACUCCAGAGAGUUGGUUUUUCUGAGUUUGUUGGAAUAGAAAACCAUUUUUUUUGUACCAGGACUGGUCAAACAACUGAUGUACACACCUACACUCUGUACCAAUCCCACUCAAAAUACUCCACAGAGCUCACAGCUUGUCCUGCUGCCAACUUGUACUUUUUAUAUUCUUAGACAAAGAUACAGACCCCCAAAUGUAUCUUCCCAUACAUUCCCUGUUUCUAUUUGUUAAUUAAACAGCUGAGAGGAAUCCUUCUUUUUGAUUUUCACGGUCCUUGUAUGACGUGAUAAGUUUUUUCACUUCUUGUCACAAAGCUUCUCUAUGUAGAAUAUGAUUUGGACCAACCGUCCACUAGUAACAAAUCGGGGAUGGAGAGUUUCCUAAGGGCUGGUUUGGUUGAUUGUUUCAACAUUGAAUAAAACAUAAAUACUCAUGCUUUUUUAUGAUGAUGGCAGGUGUUGUCAUUUCCUUGAACUGUUGGGACUUCACUGAGUUAAACUGAGAGGGUAGAAAAGACAAAGAAUAAAAAAGAAACUUUAUUGAUUUGAUUGUGCCGAAAAGGUGAAAGACAUCAAAUUUGCUGCAGUGUUUAAAAGUUGUAGUUUUUUUUCUUUUUUGGUUUAUUGUUUCCUGAUAAGAAUAAGGGUUUAAUUUUGGCAAAUUAUGAGAUCUCUUCUUUUCAUGGAAAGAUGUUGGGGUGAUUAUUCUUUUCUUUGCAAGCUUUGAUUGAGUUUCAUUUUCCUGCUGUCAUAUCAUUGCUUAAUGCUGCAUGCUGGCUCAAGUUGAUCAUUUUUGUUUUGGCUGCUCUGUGUUCUCAUAGCCCAUCAUAAGAUCUGGGAAAACCUGGAGGGUUUAUGUGCAAUUCUUCUGCAUUUGCUUCAUUUGCUUUAGUAAGAAAAUAUUCAAUAACUUCAGUCUUUUUCCCAUAAAUGUUCAUGACAAAGCCUGCUGCAAACUCCCUUGACCUGGCGCUGCACAUCCCAGUUGAAAGAGCUGCUCUAAACACAGAUCCUUCUCCUGUUUGUGUGUGUGUGUCUUUAUGUCAUUGAUGUGGUUUCUCUACCCCAGAGCAAGCUCAGGGACUCCCUCACAGGAAAGUAAGUGUGGCACUCCUGUCACUGCCUUAUCAUCCCCCAUGUGCCUCUUGUUAAUGUGCGUGCAUGCAUGAGUAUGUGCGCACAGAAGUUUGUAAGUAGAAUUACCCACAACCCCUUUCCCUUACCGCUUUUGCACAUUCAUGUUUGCAUGCGGUCCACCAAAACACGAUGUACAUGCUUGUAGCUUGAAGGGACAUCUCACUGCACUCACCAGAGCUUUGGGGGGAGGGGGUCUGUUGAAGUAGUCCUGUUUGAGUCUUUAGUGUGCUGUUAACAUGCUGUGCUACAGAUUUUGGUGUUUUUGAAUCACCUCACUGAGAGUGUUGUGUGUUUUCUACACUGCCUGUCUGUGCCAGCGGCCUGUUGUUGAGUUGAUGGUGAAUUGGUACUUGUGGCCCCACUUUGAUAUCAAACAAACACUGUGUGUCUCUGCAGGCUGUAGACUGAUGAGGUUAACAUGUUCAGCUUUAGCAAAGCAUGGCAGACCUGUUUAAAUCUGAUCAUGAUGGUAGCUUGUGCCCUCUGAUUAGAUUCACCGGUACAGAUGCUACCCAAACUUAUGGCUGUGAUAGCAUGUGAGUCUUUUCUGUCAGCCUAGUUUAAAUUUACAGGCUUUAUUGGAUUUUAUUUCCAUGGAAGUGUCCACAUGUGGUUUAAGAACAUUCAUCUGAUGUAAAAGUCACCUCUGGCUCUUAGGAUACAAUUAUACUCAACAAGGGACAGUAAGUUAAUUAUAAAAGUGUGUCUUCAUUCUUGUCACCAUGGAAACAAUUAAGAUUCAGGUCCAGCUUGCUCUCAUUUGCCUCCACAGCUUGCUGCUGCAAUCUGCCCGUUUCCAUCAUUUCAAUGGGGAAUUCAGGAGUCUUCAGUGCCAAGCACACUAUCUUUUCUCCUAGUGGGUUUGUGACAUGAACAUGUGAAGGCAUAGACUACUACUGUACUUUCAUUUUAAUUCGAUGCCAACCACAGGUUUUAAAACAGUUGGGACGGGAGCUUGUUUACCACAGUGUGACAAAACCUCUUCUUUUACCCUGUAAGUGAUUGGGAACUGGGAGGCUGGUUUCUGGAGUCUUAAGAGUUUAAUGUCGUGCCAUUCUUGCUUGAUAUAGGAUUUCAGCUGCACCAUAGUCCUGGGUUUCCAGUGUGUGUGUGUGUGUGAGAUUGUUUGAAUGUUUCAUGAAGCCAUAUAUAUUUUCAUUUAGUGACAAGUGAGGAUUACAGACUGGUCAGUUUAUUACCUGGACUCUUCUGCUACUGAGCCAUACUGUUGUAAUAAAUUCAAAAUGUAGCCUGGCAUCUUCUACCUGUACUACAUACAAGUUCCUCUCUGAAAAAGGUGGUGUGAAGAUGGCAGCAGAAGUUGCUCCAAAUUUUGAUUACAGUAUUGAUGAUGUCUUCUGAGUUGAGUAAACAAGCCAUGCUAUGAGCAGCUAUAAACCUCUGUACUAUUAGGUAUGCUGGCUCUUGAAGUCUGCUCUAACCCCCCUCCCCUUUUGAUAGCAGAGCAUGCAACAAUCUUUAAAAGGAGUUUUAAACUUUGAGUAGAAUGAAGUUUUCCACUCACUCCAUUAUGGGAGCAUUUCAGGAUCACGUUUACUUGGACCAGUUUUAACCUUCCCGUUCUCUAAAUAUUUUGAUUACAUUAUCUAGUGUAGUUGCUCAAAUCUUUAAGGUCUUUGCAGAUUUAUGUUCCAGAUUAUUCUGACAUUGCUGAACUUUCUCCUCAUCCAGUCUCUCGCAGAGCGAUGAACACCUUCCUACCUUUAUUUCUGAUCAACUCAGCUAAUCUGGGGUGCCGUUUUUUUACCCAGUCAUGUAAUUUACCUGUUUCAGAUCAGUGUAGCUAGCAGGCAAAUAUUCUUCAGGUGUUUUGAUGUAGCUUCACUAAUUUUUUUUUCUUGUGUAUUGUUUGUCCCUGCCCCAUCUGUUUUAAAAUGUGUUUGUGGCAUCAAAUUUAAAAUUAGAUUUAAAAAAAAUUCAAUUUCAUAGAAGAGUAACUUAUUAAAUAGUGAUGUAUUGUGAUCUUCAAGGACCAUAAGUGGAUCUAGGUUGUAUUAUUUAAUUUUAAUCAAUAAUUACGUUCAGUCAUUUUAUUUCUUAAGCUGGUAUCAAUGUGUAAAUACAGUUUCCUUUAAAUAAAGUUUGUGUCUGUGGUCAGUGUCCAGGUUCCGAGGUAACAUAACUCAGUGUGUCCUCAGGUAAUCGUAAACUUUUCUCUUAAACACAUGACCAACCCUCUGUUAGUCCCACACAAGGUUUUCAACAGAGUCCUGAGCAGAAACUGGUGAAUUCAGCACCACAGAGCGUCUUCAUUUACUCUGCCUCCUCUCCUCUCCAUCUCCAGGCCAAUGAGGAGGACAGUCAGGAGAGUCUGACCUCCCUCCCACACCGGGACACUAUGGGAAGCUUCCUCCCUGACAGCAGCUCCUACGAGGUCCUCACUGUUAUUGGUAUGUAAAAGGCAAAGACGCUGGGGCUUGGCUGUGUGAAUUAGAAAAAAAAAAGUCCUUUAGUUUUAAUCAGCAGGAAGAUGUUUGAAGCUUUCUUGGCUAAUUAAAAAAAAAUGCAAGUCUUCAGCACAUCAUGAAUUUCAUAAAACAUUAUUAACAAGUGAAUAGCACCGACAUGAACUUGAAUAAAAUGUGUGUUUGUGUUGCAGGCCGAGGCUUGGAUGACUUGAUGACAGUUAACCUGGCCCGGUACAGACCCACCGGGGAGCAUGUGGCCAUCCGACGGAUUGACUUGGAGUCAUGCACUAACGACAUGGUUACUUACCUGCAGGUCUGCUGCUGCUGCACUUGGUCACAACAUUUCAUCUUUGCUCAGUUGAAAGAAGUCCUCUUCGUAUCUCUCACUUGCUUUAUUGCAGAUACUUGCAUGACCUUGUGUUUCAUUUUCUGUUCCCUUCCAGGGUGAACUGCAUGUAUCAAAGCUGUUUCACCACCCCAGUAUUGUACCGUACAAGAGUGUCUUCAUAGCUGAGAAUGAGCUGUGGGUUAUUACUCCUUUUAUGGCUUAUGGUAAGAAAUAUAAUUAAAUUAACAUAUAGAUAAAAAGAUGUUUACAUAUAUAUACAGUGCCUUGCGAAAGUGUUCGGCCCCCUUGAACCUUUCGACCUUUCACCACAUUUCAGGCUUCAAACAUAAAGAUAUAAAAUUUGAAUUUUUUGUCAAGAAUCAACAACAAAUGGGACACAAUCGUGAAGUGGAACAAAAUUUGUUGGAUAAUUUAAACUUUUUUAACAAAUAAAAAACUGAAAAGUGGGGCAUGCAAUAUUAUUCGGCCCCUUUACUUUCAGUGCAGCAAACUCACUUCAGAAGUUCAGUGAGGAUCUCUGAAUGAUCCAAUGUUGUCCUAAAUGACUGAUGAUGAUAAAUAGAAUCCACCUGUGUGUAAUCAAGUCUCGGUAUAAAUGCACCUGCUCUGUGAUAGUCUCAGGGUUCUGUUUAAAGCGCAGAGAGCAUCAUGAAGACCAAGGAACACACCAGGCAGGUUUGAGAUACUGUUGUGGAGAAGUUUAAAGCCGGAUUUGCAUACAAAAAGAUUUCCCAAGCUUUAAACAUCUCAAGGAGCACUGUGCAAGCAAUCAUAUUGAAAUUGAAGGAGUAUCAGACCACUGCAAAUCUACCAAGACCCGGCCGUCCCUCCAAACUUUCAUCUUGAACAAGGAGAAGACUGAUCAGAGAUGCAGCCAAGAGGGCCAUGAUCACUCUGGAUGAACUGCAGAGAUCUACAGCUGAGGUGGGAGAGUCUGUCCAUAGGACAACAAUCAGUCGAACACUGCACAAAUCUGGCCUUCAUGGAAGAGUGGCAAGAAGAAAGCCAUUUCUCAAAGACAUCCAUAAAAAGUCUUGUUUAAAGUUUACCACAAGCCACCUGGGAGACACACCAAACAUGUGGAAGAAGGUGCUCUGGUCAGAUGAAACCAAAAUCGAACUUUUUGGCCACAAUGCAAAACGAUAUGUUUGGCGUAAGAGCAACACAGCUCAUCACCCUGAACAUAUCAUUCCCACUGUCAAACAUGGUGGUGGCAGCAUCAUGGUUUGGGCCUGCUUUUCUUCAGCAGGGACAGGGAAGAUGGUUAAAAUUGAUGGGAAGAUGGAUGGAGCCAAAUACAGGACCAUUCUAGAAGAAAACCUGUUGGAGUCUGCAAAAGACCUGAGACUGGGACGGAGAUUUAUCUUCCAGCAGGACAAUGAUCCAAAACAUAAAGCCAAUUCUACAAUGGAAUGGUUCACAAAUAAACAUAUCCAGGUGUUAGAAUGGCCAAGUCAAAGUCCAGACCUGAAUCCAAUGAAGAAUCUGUGGAAAGAGCUGAAGACUGCUGUUCACAAACGCUCUCCAUCCAACCUCACUGAGCUCGAGCUGUUUUGCAAGGAAGAAUGGACAAGAAUUUCAGUCUCUUGAAGUGCAAACCUGAUAGAGACAUACCCCAAGCGACUUGCAGCUGUAAUUGCAGCAAAAGGUGGCGCUACAAAGUAUUAACGCAAGGGGGCCGAAUAAUAUUGCACGCCCCACUUUUCAGUUUUUUAUUUGUUAAAAAAGUUUAAAUUAUCCAAUAAAUUUUGUUCCACUUACGAUUUUGUGAUCCCACUUGAUGUUGAUUCUUGACAAAAAAUAAAAAUUUUAUAUCUUAAUGUUCGAAGCCUGAAAUGUGGCGAAAGGUUGAAAGGUUCAGGGGGCCGAAUACUUUUGCAAGGCAGUGUCUGUGUGUGUGUGUGUGUGUGUGUGUGUGUGUGUGUGUGUGUGUGUGUGUGUGUGUGUGUGUGUGUGUGUGUGUGUGUGUGUGUGUGUGUGUGUGUGUGUGUGUGUGUGUGUGUGUGUGUGUAUGUAUGUAUGUAUGUGUUGAUAUCCUAAAGUAGCUUGCGCUCAUAGAGAAAAGCGUUUUUAAUGUUGUGUGUCUGUUUUUAUUAUAAGGGUCAGCCAGAGAUCUGAUCUGCACACACUUCAGUGACGGUAUGACUGAGUUGACCAUUGCAUACAUUUUACUUGGUAUGCUCAAAGCUCUGGAAUAUAUCCACCACAUGGGAUACGUGCACCGGUAAGAAAUACUCUGAACAUUUAGUUUGUGUCUUAGAGAUCACAGCAGCUAUGCCCUGAAGAACCAAUAAAGGAGUCCCUACCUUGGCGUAUGUGGUAAGGUUGAAAACAACCCAGCAAGACUUUGUAUAAAGAUGGAGUUCUUCUUCACUUUAUAGGAUCCUUUCAUUGUUUUCCUACGACUUAGAGGCUGGUAAUUAGAAAGAAUUACUCUAAAAGUGUUCCUCAUCAUUUCUUCUUAAUGUGUGUACACAUUAAGAAGAAACUGUACAUGCUUAUGUCCAAUUUUCUUCAUUUUAUUUUAAAUUUCUAAGACGGUUGUACCAACUGUACUUAAUUUCAAUCACUCCUCUUCAUGCUAAUGAAGGUGACACCAUGAGUUUGAUUUUCAACAGAAGUAAAUAGAUCUUUAUAUAGUUUCAAGAAAACUGUGGUCAAAGAGUAAAAUUAAAAGAGGCAGGUGUUGAUAUGUCUGUUUUUUCUAUUCAUAUUAUGUCAAAACUUUAUAACUACCCCAAUGUUUUAUUCUUUCCUAUGUCUUCCAUGAUGUGUAGGAGUGUGAAGGCCAGCCACGUGCUGAUCUCUGCAGACGGACAGGUCUGCAUGUCAGGUCUGCGGAGCAUCUUCAGUCUGAUCCGCCAUGGCCAAAGGGCCAGAGUUGUCCAUGAUUUCCCCCAGUACAGCGUCAAAGUGCUGCCCUGGCUGAGCCCUGAGGUGCUGCAGCAGGUAUAACACUUCUUCUAAAUCAAUGAUUAUUUAAUUCCUCAUUACAAAAUGAAGCAUAUUUGCCUAUGAAUUUGAAAAGGUCUAUGCAGCCAGACUUAGUCGCUAACAUUUCUACAUGCUGCAUUAAGGACCAAAAAUAAAGAGAAUUGUAAAAGAGUUUGAGGAAGGUGAUGCUGAAUCAACAAGUGAUUGUUUUGUUUUUAUUCCAAGAACCUGCAGGGUUAUGACUCUCGGUCAGACAUCUACAGCCUCGGCAUCACUGCCUGUGAACUGGCCAACGGACAUGUGCCCUUCAAAGACAUGCCAGCUACACAGGUCAGACACUCACAUCACAUGAUCUGUUUGUACCCAGUAGUUCAGUAACAACACUGUGCAUCACAACUUUGUUCUAUAUGGACAAAGUUUUCCCAGGUUGCAGGUUCGGCCCUGAGGUAAAGGUGCACCCCAUACUCAGAGGUUUUAGUCCUCCCAUAGCUGCAGCCACUGGUUUGACUCCUUACCUCAACCUUUUGCUACAUGUCAUCCCUCACUCAACUUCCCACAGUUCCUGUCUCUCUUCAGCUGUCCUAUCAAUAAAGGCCAAAACUAACAAAAACUUCUUGCCUAUUAUCAUAAAAAUUAGUUUUUGCACACUCUCAGUUGAUGUAAUGAAACAGAACUGGUUUGGUUUUUAAAAACUCCAAAUAGUUAAAACAGCCAAAUCAGACUCAUUUGGCAGGUGCAUGACUUAAAUGGUUGGUGAAGUGUGUGUGUGUUUCCUCUCCACAGAUGCUGCUGGAGAAGCUAAAUGGAACAGUACCGUGUUUGCUGGACACCACCACUAUUCCACCUGAGGAGCUGUCCCUAAAACCUUCUCGCUCCGGGGCAGACUCUGGGAUCUGUGAGGGUCCAGGAGCUGGAGGUGUUCGCCAGUCUAAUGGAGAGCCUUCCUCCUCAUCGGGACACCCUUACAACCGCACAUUUUCCCCACACUUCCAUGCCUUCGUUGAGCUGUGUCUACAGCGAGACCCAGAGAAGAGGUUGGUCUCAGUCCUCUCACUUGCUGAAAUGUUAUUAAGGUCAUGUUUUGAUUUAAGAGGAUAUUCCGGCGUAAAUUUGAGUUACGGUCGAACACACUGUAACACAGAGUUAGACACCCCCUCAAGAGAUUAAUGUGUCCUUGCUUCUCUAAUUAUACCAACUUUAAUUAACGGCCACAGGAAAGCAGCACACAGCAGUCACAGGAACCACAUGCUCAACCAUAAAGCCACUCUAUAGCCACAAAUAAUGCUCAGAACAGCACCUAACUUCAACAGUACAUAUAGGGUCCCAGCCAUAGUACUAGCCACCAAAUAUCUUUUUAGCUUUACCUGGUUUCUUGAGCAAAGAGACUAAAAACAACUCACCCACUCUCCUCCAGCUACUGCUUGUUUGUGGGGGGGGAGCCCUAACGAGUCGAUCACCGAGUACAGUGGAUAAUUUCCAUGAAGUAGUAAUCAUCAUAAUAAUUAUUUUGCACUGCAGACGGGGUAGUUCUUCUGCCUUAGCAUCUUGGUUUGAUUACAUUGCCAUGAAGUAAUAAUCAUAAAUUUUCUUCCUUGAGCUGUGAAACUUCGCUGCACUCGGUGAUCGACUUGUCAGGUCUCCCCCACAAACAAGCGGCUGCUGGGAGAAAGUGGGCUAGUUGUUUUUGGUCUCUUUGCCAAAGAAACCAGGCAAAGCUAAAAAGAUUUUUGGUGGCUAUUGCUGUGGCUUGGACCCUAUAUGUACUGUUGAUGAAGUUCGGUGCUGUUCUGAGCAUUAUUUGUGGCUAUAGAGUGGCUUUUUGGUUGAGGUUUGUUUAUGGCUCCAUAGACCGCUGUGUAUUGCUAUCGUGCGGUCAUUACUAAACCAGAGAAGCAAGCAGUCGGCAACAUUCAUCUAUUGAGGGGUUGUCUAUCUCGGUGUUACGGUGUGUUUGACCUUAACUUAACUUUACGCCAGAAUAUCCCUUUUAAGGCACAGGGUAUUGAUGCUUCACUUUGUUUUUCCUCAGACCGUCUGCCAGCACUCUUGUAGGCCAUCCUUUCUUCAAACAGGUGUGUAUGGCCUGAUAUCACUCACAGCUCUUUAGUAACAAGGCUUUGAUUGAAGGUAAAUGAUUAUUUAGUCAAGUUUCAUUUGACACUCACUAUUCUGUUUUUACUCCACUCUCUUCAGAUUAAACGCCGGCCCUCAGAGGCUUUGCCUGAGCUGUUGCGGCCAGUCUCGCCCAUCACAAGUUACGAGACCUCCCAGCCACAGGACUCUCCCUCUGGACUGGCCAGCCUGGAGUCAGGUCUAAGCCAUCUGGAAGUGGAUGAUUGGGACUUCUGACAGUGGAGGACUUGGUGGAGAGACACUUGUAGGAUUGAGAUGGGACACUCCCUGAGCUUACAGGAAGAGAUUUGUUUUUGUUAUGGUCCCCUUGUAAAUAAUUUAGAUGUUCAAGUAAGGAGUUGCUGUUCUCAGACAGAAGUUACAAGCCAGCAGCCAUCUUGCCUCUUUGUGACGUCUCACACGCUUUUGUUCUUUAGAUAUGCACACUCUUGCACUGCACUGAUGGCCUCUCUUUCCUCACAAACCCACAUGUUCAUGGAUUGUACUUGCACAUUACAAGCCCUCGAAAACCAAAACGCAGCAAGACUCCUGAAUGCCUCAUGCUGCGUCUAAAGGUUUGAGAGGAUGGUGUGUGGGUCCAGGUGUGGACUGACUUUGAAGAUUCCCAUGAAACACACCAAUGGGAAGCUGCUACUUAAUAUUCAGAGGGGACACUCUACCUCUUGUUUAAACAUGGCUGCACGAUGUGGUCCAUCUGCUCAGUGAGACCACCAUGAGGCUGCACACCGGUCCUCACUCCCUUUGCCCUUGCUGCACCAGAUGGAAAGUUCUGACUGUUUCCCUGAGGGUUUACUUAAUGAACAGCAUGUCUUGCAUUUCUUUGCUCUGCCUGUGUUACAAGGUAAACUCCGUCUCAUGCGAAGGCGUCCAUUUUGUUAUGCAGAGGCUAAACAUAACAUCCAUGACAAAGUAUUUUCUGGAGCUUAUUCUGGGUGUGAUGUUAUUCAGUGAAUGUUACAUUGGUGCUUGUUUUGUCUGCUUGUAAGUUUGAAAGUGAGGGCAAAGCAAAAUGUUGCAAAUGUCAAACCUGACUUUUCAAAAUAAACAUUGUUCACUUUA